CAACAUAUUUUUAUUUCCAAAUACAAAUUCUUAGUUUUUGUACAACAUGUUUUUUUAUUUCCAAAUACUAAUUAUGAAACGUUUGACUAUUUCAAUUUUUUUUUUAUAUUUAGUUUUAAUUUAUUUUUGAUUAUUUAAAUUUUAUUAAAUUUGAUUUGUUUAUAAUAUAUUUUAAAAGCAUACGGAAAAGUAAAAUAUUUUUGAUAAAGAAGAAACGUUUAAGCUUACUUUAUAUUUUAAAACUAAAAAAUGAAACUAUUUUUUAAUGAAAAUUCACAUAUAUUAAAACGAUGGAAGUGACAAUGAUAAAUUAUUUUUCGAAAAGCUCAAAAAAACCCGAAAACCUUAUAGCCCUACGAGGGUCAGACCGGGCUUUGAAUUCUAGGCCCAAAAUAUUUUCGGAUCAAAACCGGGCUCAAAUAUCAACGGAUUUAGUGGGUUUAGACCGAACCGGACCGGGCCAGCCCGGAUCGACACCCCUAACUUCACCUUUAAACAUUAACGUUUAAUAAAUUUAUUUUUUUGGUAUAAAAAGCAACUCUUCUUCCUUCCAUUUUAACUUACAGAACGGCAACAAUGGAGAAAGCUCUCUCCUAAUCCUUUUUUUUUUUUGAACUUUAUAUUCAUCUGUUAAAAUCUUCCGUGUCCUUGAAAAAAUGGAAAAUCGGGUGGGGUUCAGAUUCAUUCCGACAGACGAGGAGAUCGUGGACUAUUACCUCAGGCUCAAAAAUCUCGGUGGUGACACGAGCCAUGUAGACAAAGCCAUUAGCACAGUAGAUAUCUGUAGCUUCGAACCUUGGGAGUUACCUAGCAAGUCGAGGAGGGAAUCGAGAGAUCAGAUUUGGUAUUUUUUCGGUCGGAAGGACAACAAGUAUAACAGAGGAGAGAGACAGAGCAGGAAAACCAAGUCUGGUUCUUGGAAGAAAACAGGAGUUACAACGGAAAUAAUCCGAAAGAGAGGGAACCGGGAGAAGAUUGGUGAGAAAAGGGUUUUGGUGUUUCACUCGAAACCCGAAUGGGUUAUGCAUGAAUAUGUUUCUACGUUCUUGACUCCUACUCAGACCACAUAUACAGUGUGCAAAAUAAUCUUUAAGGGUGACCCCAGAGAUUUAUCUUCUUCUUCUUCUUCUUCUGCUCCUGGUGGUGGUAGUGAAGUUGAGCAUAAUCACUCUCAGUUCACACAUAUGAACAACUCUGGUGAAUUUGAGGGGUUACAGAAUCAACGUCACUUUACUGGCUUGCUUGAUGCGGAGAAGGAAACUCAGAUCCAUGAUGCAUUAUGCAGGGGUUUAGACAAUGCUUCAACUCAUGAUUUGAACUCUUUUAUCAAUUGUGGAAAUAAUGAUGAGGAGGAGCAUGGGAAUCUUUUGUUUAUGCAAGAAAAUCGCAACGAUUACAGACCUAAAAUGUCACUCACCGGUUUCAUUGACCAUAGUGAUGAUGAGGAUAGUGAUUCUGAUUUGAUAUCUGCAACAACAACAGGCUCCAUCCAAACCUCGAGCGCUUGUGAUAGUUUUGGUAACUCAAAUCGUCGCAUAGACCAAAUCACAGACCUACAAAACUCUCCCAACUCAACAACCAAGCUAAUGUCACCAACUCAAGUGGUGAGAAAAACCAGUCUUGAUGCAUCCAAGGAGAUGUAUGAUGUACAAGGGAAUGAAAUGGGAGAGUACUAUAAAAUGGAUCAAGAGGUCAUCAACAAGAAAAGAGGAAGUUUCUUUUACAGGAAAAUCCGAAGCUGCAUCAAGAAAACUCUGCUAUGUUCUUCUAUCCCCACCCAAGAACAUGAUAAUUAAUUAUUAAUAAAUGAGAUCAAGAGCUACCUUUUGUAUU